CCCAGAGAGGAGAGAGAGAUGACCUCUGACGCUUUGGAUUCGGACAACGCAUGCCACCCACGAGCGUGCGCCUUGCAAAGCUGCAUGCAAAAGCACUUGGAUCAAGACAAGUGUUCAGAGCAAGUCAAGGAUCUUUAUAGGUGCUGCGGCAAGUUUUACGCGAGGCAUGGGCCCAGCGCAGAAGUGGAUGCUUGCCCCCUCUUGCACGUCGUACAACGCAAAUUGAAAGGGUUUGGCGAGGAAGGCCUGUUGCACGGUGUGCAGGAGAAGCAGCACUGA